UUUUAACACGAUCCUUCUCUCUCUGGUAGUAAGACUUUGUGAGCCAGUUUUCAUCUCUUACUGAUCUUGUGUUUUUAUGAAUUGACAAGAAAACAAUGAGAGAGGCUGCCUAGGAGAGGAAGGGGAUUGCUCCAAGAACUCUGCAGGCCUUGCAAGACCCUACCUGCACUUGUCACAUUGGCCAGGCUGGAUUCUGGGAGAGCAGUGAUAGAAGUUUCUCACCUUUGGAGGAAAUGGCCUGCUACCAGUCACUUGACCAAACAUGUCAUGUGAAUUAUGAAAAAGCAGAAGGGCUCUGGAAGGACAGAGAAGGUGCCUCCCCCACAGAAGCACGGCUGCUGAGGAUCCUCCUGGUGGGCAGAACAGGCAGCGGGAAAAGCGCCACAGGAAACAGCAUCCUCUGCCGGCCAGCCUUUGAGUCCAGGCUGGCCGCCCAGUCGGUGACCAGGGCCUGCCAGGGGGAGAGGGGCACGUGGAAUGGGAGGGACAUCCUGGUGGUCGACACGCCCUCCAUCUUUGAGGCAGAGGCCCACUCGCAGGAGAUGUACAGGGACAUCGCAGACUGCUACCUGCUGUCUGCCCCAGGGCCCCACGUGCUGCUCCUGGUCACCCAGCUGGGGCGCUUCACGGCCCAGGACGCGGUGGCAGUGAGGAGGGUGAAGGAGGUGUUUGGGACCCAGGCCAUGAGGCACACGAUCGUGCUCUUCACCCACCGGGAAGACUUGGGCGACGAGUCCCUGGACCAUUACGUGGUCAACACGGACAACCUCGGCCUGCGCCGGCUGCUGGCGGAGUGCGGCCGGAGGUACUGCGCCUUCAACAACCGCGCGGCGGGCGAGCAGCAGCGCGCGCAGCUGGCCGAGCUCAUGGCGGUGGUGGAGCAGCUGGAGCGCGAGCGCUCCUACCAGGGCGACCACCUCUUCCUCCCCGGGCCGCGGCUGCAGCCAGGCGGGGGCGCCGGCGGCCCGGAAGCCUAUGCGCACUACGUGGCCGAGGUGAGGGCGCAGGUGGACAGGCAGAAGCAGGCGCUGCGGAAGGAGGAGAGGAACUGCAAGGUCAAGGCGACCCGCAGAGCCGAAAAGUGCACUUUUUUUGAAAUUUGUGCCAUUAUUAUUUGGUGCAGCUUAAUUCUUACUGUUAUUGCGCUGAUCAUAUAUUAUCAGGUCUGAUGCUUUGUGUUUUAGGGAUUUCAAAAUAUAUCAAUUACCGCAUCCACUGCUCUAAGUAUCCUCCUCAGAAAGAGGCCCCCCUGGUCUGUCGAGGGCUGCAGGUCUAGGCAGCUCCGUUUCCCCUUCUUUCUUAACAGACUUCCGGUUGGGUUCAGAGCUCCGGCCUCAGUUCCAGGGAUGUUUUGUCUAAAUACAAUCCAGGUGGUCGUAUGGUGUUUAUCCUGCAGGUCGUUGAUAUUUAUCCUGAAGAAUUAAAGUCAUCUUACUACAAUGACACAUGCAUACCUAUGUUUAUAGCAGCACAAGUCACAAUAGCAAAACUAUGGAAACUGCCUAGUUAGGUAUCCAUCAAUGGAUGAGUGGGUAAAUAAAAUAUGGUAUAUGCACAUAAAAGAGUUUUAUUCCACCAUAAAGAAAAACGAAAUGAUGGCACUUGUAGGAAAAUAGAUGUAACUAGAAACCAUCUAUAACAGGUCAAACUCAGAAGGUCAAGGGUCAUUUAUUUUCUCUCAUAUGUGGAAAUUAGAGAGGAAAGAGAAAAAGAAAGGUUAGGGAUGGAUGUCCUAAAAAUCAAGGGGAGAUCAGUAGAGGAAAGGGACCUAGAGAUAGGAGGAACGGAAGACGGGGGAAAAUGCUGGGGAUUUUAAGGAAUAAUUUUUGUGUGUGUGGGUUUCCAUAUAAAUUCCCAAGUAAUUCUUAUUUAUAAAAUUUUUGCUAGGAUUUUGAUAAUAAUUGUUUACCAAAUUUUUAUAUCAAUUUGACAAGAGUCAACACCUUUAACCAGUAGAUUCUUUCAAUCUAUGAAAUAUCUCCUCUCUUUCUUUCACCAGUGUUUUGUAGUUUUCAUCAUGAGUCCUGUUUUUUUAAAAAUUUAGGCAGAUAUUUAUUUUUUGAGUGUUGAUAUAUUGUGUGCAAUAUGAAUAUGUAACAACAAAUCCCCUCAAUAUGUACAACUAUAAUAUAACAAUAAAAUGUGGAAAAUGUUUUUAAAAACUA